AUGAAAAUACUCUAUUCUGUGUUAAUUUCUUUAUACAUUGUUCAUGGAAAAGUAGCGAAUGAUGAGAAGAAGAAAUUUUGUGAUAAUUUGGACUGCGAUGAGAAUGAAGACGCUAAAGUUUGCGGCGUCAAGUAUGUUGAAAACGGAUUAACAGAAUACCAAUUGUUCGAUAAUGAAUGUAAACUGUUGAAGUUUGGGUGCCAAGUUGAUGAUGACCAAACGUUCGGCCUAAUAAAUAUGGAACACUGCAUAUCUUCAGAAGACAAUACAAUUAUUGAACAAAACAAGUUUGUUAACGACUGUCCUGAUUGUUCGGAAUUACCUCAAGACCCGGUAUGUGGCAUUCGACCAGAUGGUAAAGGGUUCAGAGUCAGAACAUUCCAGAGCGAAUGCGAACUUGAAAAAUAUAAUUGUGAGGUCAAAGAAAAUUUUACAAUCACUGAUUACUUUAUUUGUUCAAACAAUCCGAACGCAGAAGGAAAAAACGAAGAACAUAAAAAAGAUAAACUAGAAAUCAUGCUUGAAACAAAUGAAGAUUCUGUUAAUGAAACAAAUAUUGAUCGAGAACUUCCAACGAUGCUUAAAGAAGAUGAUGACAAUAAUACCAAUGCAUUUAAAAAUGUAGUGAUAGUUCGUGGAUCUGUGUUAAAUGGUCGAAACAUCAAUAAGAGUAUUGCAAAUUUCUUUAAAUCUACUCUUAAUCAAGGUAUACCAAUAAGAAGCGUGCUGCCGGGUUACAACGAGAGCACAAGGAAGAGGAUGAUAAAGAUCUUUGGUCCUGUCAAAUUGUACGAACCUCGGGUCGUAAAACCAAAGAUUGUCCACGAAGAUUACUAUCAUCAGCCAACAUUGUCGUCCUGCUUUCAUAAAUGUCCAACGAAAUGCCCGGAUAUCUACAAUCCAGUGUGUGCGAGACAUGGGUUGCAGUCCCGACAGCCAUCCGUCAUGUUCCUGAACCACUGCUACAUGGACGUUGCUCAGUGUAAAGUGUUCUGGGAAGACAAGACUGAGACUGCUCGGUCCUCAGAGGUAUCCCAACAUUUAAAAAUACUGAGGAGUCUUCCUGGACUCUACAGAAUAGCGGAGCUCAGCCCCUUCCCUAUUUCCCUAGAAAGGGGAGACAUUCCUUACUUUAUAAAAAAAGAUCCACCUCGAAUCAUCUUCGUCACCCGCCGAAAGACGUCCACUGAUAAUUCUGAGCCAUUGAAAGACAAGUCGCCACAAGGCCACUUCCAACCAUCACUGAUGCCUCUUCCAACAAGGACAAGGCUACAUGGCAUCCUCAUUCGUGUUCUGUCUUGGCGAUCUGACCACCCAGGUCCAGUUCAUACCGUUCCUCAGAACCUUGCAGUAUAUGGGAAGAAUAAAGAAAAGAAGCAGAUACAGAUACAGAAUCAAGAACUUAAGAUAUUUAAAUCAAAAUUAUAG